UGGCUGACCGCCGUUGGGCUCCCUGUGGCUCCCGGCAGCCUACGACCCGAAGGAGGUGGAUCGGCGGCGGCGGAACCCUCGGGAGGGGCCAAGAUGGAUCUUGUACUCAGUGCUGCAGAUUAUUAUUUUUUUACGCCGUACAUCUACCCAGCCUGGUGGCCUGAGGACAACAUCUUCCGGCAAACCAUUAGUCUCCUAAUUGUAACAAAUCUCGGCGCUUAUAUCCUUUAUUUCUUCUUUGCCACACUGAGCUAUUAUUUUGUCUAUGAUCAUUCGUUAAUGAAGCAUCCACAGUUUUUAAAGAAUCAAGUCUACAGAGAGAUUAUGUUUACUGUCCAAUCACUGCCAUGGAUUAGUAUUCCCACUGUUUCAUUGUUCCUGCUGGAGUUGAGAGGGUACAGCAAAUUAUAUGAUGACAUAGGAGAGUUUCCAAGUGGCUGGUUUCGGCUCCUUGUUAGUAUCCUGUCCUUCCUCUUUUUCACUGACAUGCUGAUCUACUGGAUUCACAGAGGCCUUCAUCAUAGACUUGUGUAUAAGCGCAUUCACAAACCUCACCAUCUCUGGAAGAUUCCUACUCCAUUUGCAAGUCAUGCUUUUCACCCUGUGGAUGGCUUCCUUCAGAGUCUACCUUACCAUAUAUACCCUUUUGUCUUUCCAUUACACAAGGUGGUUUAUUUAGGUUUGUACAUCUUGGUCAACAUCUGGACAAUUUCCAUUCAUGAUGGUGAUUUCCGUGUUCCCCAGAUCUUACGGCCAUUUAUUAAUGGCUCAGCUCAUCAUACAGAUCACCACAUGUUCUUUGACUAUAACUAUGGACAAUAUUUCACCUUAUGGGAUAGAAUUGGAGGCUCAUUCAAAAAUCCGUCCUCCUUUGAAGGAAAGGGACCACUUAGUUAUGUGAAGAAGAUGUCAGAAGAAAAGUGGAACAGUCAUGCAGAAAACGGUUGUAAAAAUGAAAAAUUAUUCAGUGGAGAGCUUACAAAGACCGAGUAGUAGAGUGUUGCCCUGUUACUGAAUAUGAUGAAAUAUGUUUAGUAAAGAAAAAUAAUCUACAUACACACAACGAAGAGACUUAGCAAAUAAAUGGUAUUUGAAAGUCCGCAUUGUGGGUAAUGCUGAUCAUGAUGGUAGAUAAGGAAAGAUGCUGUGAACACCAAGAUCUUUAACUUCAUGCUUACCAUACUAGGUGUUGCUCUAAAGGUGUUGUUGGUCUAGCUAUAGUCUAGCCAGCAUAUCUAUAACUUGUAUAGCCUCAACAGUUUUUAUAAGGAUAGAGAAAUUAUUGAGGGGACUAGGUUAUGUCCUUUUGCCUUAAGCCACCCAUACUGAUUAAGAAAAAUAUGUUGUGCUUGAUAAUACCAGACUAAGCAUCAUAAAAAAGAAAUACUAAUAGAAAGAAAUAUGGUUACUUAUUUCAGGAAUGGUUAAGUCUCUGACGUCAGUAUGAUAACAACUACCUACAGUAUUUUGUUCAUGUGGAAACAACAGUGUGAAAACAAAACUCUGAUAAAAUAUAUUAGCAGUCAAGUAAAUGACCUGAUUAAUAGCAGGUAUAAUAAGAUUAUCAUCUUCCUACAUGUGGGAAGCUUAUUCUCUGCGGACAUUGUCAACUAUUACAUUUUACUGGUGAAAAAUAUAAAUUAGAAUUUUAAAAAAUACCGAUACCACCAUGAUUUAAUCCAAACUUGGGAUUAUUUUAAGAUUUUGAUGGUUAUUGUUUUAAACCAUUGUUUAAUAAGUGUAAAAUUAUGUGAACCUGAAUAUAGUUAGAAAGGGAAAUUUGAUACCCAAGUAAUAUAUUUGACACUACUGCUUUUUUAAUUAAAUGGAUGCACUGCACUUUUGAUAUGUUUCAAAGUUACAAUCCUGUAAUUUCCUGUGAAAGGAAGUAAUUACCAAAUAUUUAGGCCUAUCACUGAAGAUUAGCUUUGAAAACUUAUUUUCUUUCUGUCCUCUCCCUUCACUUUUCCCCAUAUUCUGUGCAAAAAGAUUUAACAAAUACUUUCAUAAAGAAAUGUGUGUUGUAACAAAUAUAUUGGAAAAACAUGGUUUGGAAAGGCAUUCUUAUAAGCUAUUUAUGUAAAAUCAAUAAAAGUUGAUUAUUACUAUUAUUGAACUGUA